GUGUUUGUACAUACACCAUACUACAGGAAACUAUUAUUUUUUACUCGGGCUUAAUUUGGUAUAAUUUCCAUCAACUUUAUGAGAUCUUUGCCAUCGCUGUCUACCUGAUAAAGCAGAAUAUCAGCUCUUUGAACUCUUCAGAAUCAUUCGAUACUACCUAGUUUUUAUUAAUGAUGACUGCAUCCAUGUAAAAACUGUAUUAACAAUGAUGACUUCCCUAGAAUACACUGGGCUUGACACCCGUAAGGCCCUGGGGAAACUGAAGGCUGACAUCACCAAGGAGCUACAGAUCUACGAGGAAGUCACUUGGAAGAGGCAGAGCUGCAUUUCGGCCCUCGGCCACCAGUCGGGAUGGAAGCUAGACCCGAGGGCCGCUUUCCACUGGACCAGUGGGGUGGCCAUCGUGAUAGCCAUUGUCCUGUUGCUGCUGUCGAGUGUCUUCCGCUGGGAUCCGAGCCUCCUGGUGGAGAGUGCGGUCCUCUUCAUGUUCCUCUGUUUCAAUGCCUACCUGUCGGGCUGGGACUGCAGGCUUCAACACCGAGAGAUGGUCGACAGGACGAAGGAGUUGAUCAAACAAUUAGAAGGAAUGAUAUCACAAGAGGUAUCAUGGACAUCAGAUGACUACCUGCCUCUCUUCAGUCCACAUACCAACUCUAUCAUGCUACAGUGGACAUUGAGAGAUGGUCAGCUGGUCAACCUUCCCUGGACACUGUUGGUCACCGAUGACAUCAUCCUGAUGAGACCGGGAAAGAUAGCACCAACGAACAUCAGAAUUCUAUCGGAUGAGAGUAAUCUCGAGUUACAAGCAGGAGAGGUGUACCAUCCCAUCAUUCCAGAGCCUCAAUCAGAACCAACGGCGCGCCAUCCGCUGAAACCUGCGAAAUUCCAAGUCAUGGACACUCCAUUCAUUCCACAUCUCAGGACCUGUUUAAAAGGAGCCCAGAAGAAGCCCCUGUCAUCAUUUGAUAACAAAAGAAUCAACUGCACUGCUGCGUUUGAACGAUGGCUAACUCCAGCUGCAUUGAUUAUUUCUUUUGUCAUCAAUAUGAUUCGCUAUCUGAUCUUUGAGCCUGACAUGGGUCACUGGGCAGAGGUCUUCAUUGCCAUACCGGUUCACACUGUCCUACCACUGCUUCCGUUGUGUCUACCAUUAAUCUGGAUCUCACUCAAUCACUUUGGUUGUGCAAGGAUUGUCACCCUCUUUCACAAGUCAAAACAUCUUAAGGUUCCGGAGUCUGAUCGUGAGUUUCAGGACAGUGAUGAAGACACACCAAUCAUUGAUGAAAAUUUGCCAUGGUUACCAGUAUGGUGGAGUUUCAAAUCCAGCUUUCUGGGUACCUCGGCUCAUCUACCAAGAACGGGCAAUUUGCUUCAGGGAUUAGGAUCAGUUACUUCACUGUGCUGCGUUGACAAGAGAGGGAUACUCUCGACCCCUGACCCCAACCCCGAGAAGGUGUUCUUCAUGAGUAGUCUAUCCGAUGAUGAUUCAGACAGUGUUUGCAGUGAGGACUCGGUGUUCGGUGCCGAAGACCGAGCAGAGAAAGGGAAGAAAAGACAAAAAUCCAAGCUGCUGAAUGAAGAUCACUUUCCUGAACACCAUGCUGAAGUGCUUACCCUCUCUCAAGAUCCAUCGGGUGUGCAUGGUGUUGAGUUUGAUGAAACAAACUGGGAUAGACACAUCAGCUCAUUAAAACCAAUGGGUCUGACUAUACUGAUGAAUACCUGUAAUUCUAACACAGUCGAGACGUACUGCUCUUUCAUGGAUCAUGUCUCAUCGAGCGUCAACAAUGAAGAGAGCAAACACUAUAUGCAUGUCUCACAAAGAAGGUGUCUCUGUCAAAUAGCUCUGGUGCUGGGUUUCACUGACCAAGCAACCGAGGCCUUUGAACUGAAACAGAAGUUGGCACUUUACAAAUUACCAAGUGAUGGUGAUGAGAAUGAUGUAGGAGGCAGGAGAUUUGCCAGGUCACGAUCUUUCAUCAAGAAGCGCAUCCCAGCUCCACACACAUUGUCUGUCCUUGUUGAACAACCAUCUACAGAUUAUCAGCAGCUUUUGACCCAAGGAAGUGCUAGCCUCCUCCUUGACCUGUGCUCGGAAUUCUGGGAUGGCUCUGACCUGUACACCUUGACAGAAAAUGAAAGGAAGAAAAUUCUAGAUUUUUAUCAGCGAGCCACCCUAUCAUCCUAUUGCACUGCAUUUGCCUAUCAACCCAUGGCAGAGACCAUUGAUAAUCGUCUUGGUGAUUAUUACAUCGAGCUUCCAGCCAAUCAUAAACAUACAGAUGAUCAUUAUAUGAAUGAGAUACCAGGAUUAGCCAGAUCGUCUUGGGAUAUGGAGAGCAGUCGAGACCCUAAUACAGAUAUCCAUCGCACCAGAAAGUACCAUAGUCUUGACUCUACUAUGAACAAACAUGGCAAGAUUACAAAUGCUGAAGAAUGCUACAAAUCUCAGUGUGGUCAGAUCUUCAUCGGCAUGGUAACGAGUAAUUACCAAGCAAAAGCAGACAUUGUGGCACUCAUCGAGCAGCUGGACAAUGCGUGUAUACGAUUCGUCCACUUCUCUAGAGACCAAGAACUUCGGAGCAGGGUUUUCUCUGAGAAACUUGGUCUUGAGGCUGGAUGGAACUGCCACAUAUCUCUCCUGGACCAGGACUCCUCGUCCUCCAGCUCCUCUCACCUCCCUCACACCGGGGACGUAUCCCGGCAGUUCUCCAGUCAUAGCAGCAGUGGACAUGAUAACACCAUCACCGAUGGCGAGAUGAGUAAUAGACACAGUGAUACCGGGGAACCCAAGUCAGACGGGACAGAGACCUCUCCUCACACAGCUGACGAGGAACAGGUCCAAAUUGAAGUGGAAGCCCAACGGGUUCGCUUCGACCCCGUGGAAGCCGUUGUCGUGGUUGACAUGGAGAGCUUGAUAGAGGAUGAGGACAUAGAAAAGGGUGAUGUUGUUGCUAAACAACAGACAAGUGAUGCAAGCCAACCUUGUGAAAGUGUUGAACUUUCUAUGAGAGGAUCUGAAGUUCCUAACUUAUCAAGACCAUGUAGUAGAGAUGCAGACACAGAGGAUGUGGAUAAUGAUGAUGAAGAAGAGGAGAAAGAUGAAACAGAUGGACUUCAGAAGCUUUCAUCAUCAUCGUUCGAAAAAAGUAGGACAACAUCGUAUCCUCUUCCAGACACUUCUUGUGUGGUAAAGGCAGAACCGAAGGAGGAGGAUGCGUUGCUAGGCGACCGACAUCGGAAUGUGGCAUCAUCAAAUCUAUCAUCUCCAUCAUCAACAAACUCUCAAUCAAUUCCUGCAUCUCCUCCUCCUCAAACAGAGGAAGCCAACGCCAACAACUCAGAAGAUACCAAAGAGACCGACGCCCUCCUGAGUCAGCCGUCAACCAAGCCGUUUGAUCUUUCUAACAGACAUCGUCAGAUCUCAGAGACUCAGACGUUUAAUAGUGAUGUUUCAGCCGCUGAGACGGAUACGCUUAGCCAUCACACGGAGAGUGAAACAGCUGGAGGGUUUGAUAUAUCCAACAGGGCUAAAUUACCUCGAGGUAUAGCAAACAUCAGACCACACAUAGAGAGGAUUGAUAAUGUACCCCUCCUCGUACCCCUCUUUACCGAUGUCACUCCAGAGACAACCCGUGAGAUGGUUGAGAUCAUGCAGGAGAAUGGAGAGGUGGUGUGCUGUCUUGGGAGCAGUCUCAAUAUUACCAAUGCACCAAUCUUUGCUCAAGCAGAUAUCAGCAUCGGCAUGGAGCCCCUCCCGCCCCACAUCUGCAUGAGCAAGGAACACGCCCACCCCAAGGCUCCGCCCAAUUGGACGUCGUCACACCCUCCCAGGACGCCGUUAGAGAUCAGCAGUCUCCUCACCAGUCUACCUUGCUCGCUCUCUUUCCAUCGCUUGAAUAAUAUUAGUCUCAUCUCACUCAUCAGAGAGGCCCGGGGAGUAUGCAAUGGUAUGGUCAAUUGCUUCACGUUUUUCAUGUUCGGUCUCCUGACCCUAAGUGCAAUUCAACUCCUGUGUACGUUGCUCUUCUUGCCACCCCCGGUCAGCGGCCGCCAUGUUCUCUGGCUGGCAGCGGUCAUCAUUCCGCUGCUGGCCAUGGCCUUGAUGGGGUCAAACUCCCAGUCAAAGGUCAUGACCCAGGCCACGGGCAAGAAUGUGAGGGAGCAUAAUUCUGAUCAUGUGAUGUUAUUCUGCUUCUACUUCAUCACCAAGUUCUUGGGUUCCGUUAUCAUCUGUACUGUUUGCCAUUUCCUCACUCUCUUUGCUUUCUGUAAGAAGACGGCAGAGAAUCCCACAGAUUGCCAUUUCAUACUUCAUAACAGAAACUUGACCUCAUCAUGGAAUGGAUGGCGAGAUGAACUUUCAUCACAUCAUGUACUGGCACAAAAUAUUCAAGCAUUCCUUCUUACAUUUUAUUUCAUUACAUCAUCAGCUAGUUUUGUUCAUUCCUUACAACCGAUGUGGAGGAAACCGCCAUUCCGGAACCACUUAUGGUGUGGAGUAGUCUGUGCUUUGUUUAUACUGGAGAUAGUGUUCUUUGCAAUAGAUAUGAGUCUAUGGGGUAGAGCGGAUGCUGCAACGGGGAUGCCUUCCAGCCUUGAGGAUAUCCCUCUUGAGGUCUGGCUGAUCGGUUUCCUGUGGCCUUUGGUUGAACUGUUUAUCUGUGAAGCUGUCAAACAGUAUGAGAUACAAGUUUUUGUGAGAUGGCAGAAGAGGACCAAACUUCAGUUCGGAACCAAACUUGGGAUGAACUCCCCAUUCUGAACCUGUUCAGCUAUGCAGAGUUUCUACCAAGAUUAUAUAUAUACUGGGGGAAGUUUCACAAAGAGCUUAGUGUAACUUAAAGUCAUGCUUAAUGAAAAAGCACAAAUGGUUUCUAACACGUAACCUCAUUGAAGACUACACAGUAGUCAGACCUGCCAACCUCUGGGAAUGAAAAACUGUAUUCUGUGAUAUAAAAAACUGUAUUUCUCCCAAAAAAAGUGUAUUUCAUAAUAAAAUGCUUGGCGCACUCGCUCAUCGCGGCGCUCAAGCUGCAUGCAACCUAAAAUGCGCACUGCUCUUGCAGAUGAAAAAAAAAAUUAAAACAUGUGUAUAUCUUCACCCUGGUUUUAACAAAAUGAUUGAAAAAAAAAGUUACCUGAAAUUACAUUGAUCUAAAAACCAUAUUUGUGUACGUUUUAUGAAAUAGAGACAUAUAGAGAUUAUUUUUCUCAAUAAAUUACGAUUUUUUUAUUACAAAAAACGUAUUUUUCAAAGAAAAAACGUACUGCCGUAUUUUGGUUGCAAAAACGUACUAAAUACGGCUAAAACGUACUGGUUGGCAGGUCUGAGUAGUGCGUGUCAUCUAAGCAUUAUUUGACCAAUGAGGUGAUUCGUUUCAUAUCCCAUGCAACUGAAUUUAAGUGUGACUCUUAGUCACACUUAAAUCUUUGUGAAACACUCCCCGGUGAUAACUUAUCAACCAUUGUAAAUUAUUCCAAAAUAUCCCCAAAGUUUAUUUCCUGAUGAAUAGAUUGUAUUCAAAUAAAUAUUUGAUUUAUUAUGUGUAAUAUGUAUUUAUUUUUGUUAUGAAAAGUAUAUUUUGUUGUCUCCUGUUUAAUACAAAAUUAUGUUCUGUCAUUUAGAUAUGUAUUUGUUUUUGUUUCUGCUAAUGAUCAGUCAGCCAGGAGUUUAAAAUACGUAAAUCUGGUUUUGUCCUAUUGAAAAAGGGUAGCCAGAUUCAACGCAAACUCGCGGCAAUCGUAGCCCCACCCCUUCCCUCCACUUUGCAUGAUUCAGUAUACAAAUAGGGAAUAGACAUGAGUGCGAUGGUGCGAGAUUUCGCAUGUGGUGAAAGAAAGAUGCUCUAUUCAACUCGGCUAACGCCUCAUUGAAUAGAGUGUCUCUUUCACCGAAUGCGAAAUGUUGCACGAACUGUCUUUUACCUUUAACCACAUUCAUCCACAUCAUAUCCAAAUCCUUCUUUGCAAUUUAUGCAUGAAUUAAUUUUUACGCACCCUUCGCAAUAAUAAUGAUUUCUAACAAAGAAAACAUCGGAAGAGAGAAAGAACACUAGCCGCCUGAUCAUUUCCAGAAAGAACAAUUACAAAGCAUUAUUUAAUGCAUGUCUGUGUAGGCCUGCCUAUAUAUCGGCCACUCUACAUGUUGUAGACUCAAGUUAACUUGAAGUCUAGCGACAGUGAUUUUCCGUUUUACCGGUAAAUAAAACGAAGUUCCCUUUGGUUCAUGUACUUUUCAUGUAAAAAUUCAUGGAAUUCAUCUUUGCGAAACGGAAUUCAGGUUUUUGCUGUGUACAUUUUCAGUGACAAAACGGAAUUUCCAUAUUUAGAUCAAGUUGAAAUGGAAUUACAGAUUUUCAGAAACGGAAAAGACAAUUUUUUUUUAAUGGAAAGUCACUGUCUCUUUGAUGGGAGGGAUGGAGGGGAGAGGAGAGGGGGGGGGUGCAUGACAUUUCGCAUUCGUGUUGUACAAUGCCUCAGAAUUUUUCCCUGCAUUACUCUAUGAAAAAGGAGCAAAUAUAUUGAAAGCCAAGAGCAAAAUCCCACAAGCGCGCAUGAUAUCUAGGGCAGCAUUGCGCAUUUAGCCAGCAGGCCAUACACGUAUUGCACUGAUAUUCAAUAUCAAAUCCCCUUACAGCAGGGAACAGCAGCUAAAGGGAAAUUGAGGUUUCCAUGAAAGUUGCUAUAAUGGCAAAGUUAUGAUAACCAUAAGUUUUAUUGAAACAGGCCUUUGGAAAGUCACAAUACCAUCGUUAUAUCAAGUUCCAAAACAAAAAUUAUAGGAGGAAGGGCUUUGGCUAGUGGCAAUGUAUGUUUGGUGGCAAGAAUCCAUUAUACCCAAUUUCUAUUCUAUCUGUGUACUUACUUUUUUGUCGAAUUAAAAGUUUUCCAUUAGCACUUAUUCGUUUUAUAUUAUCCCUUCGUUUCAUCUCCAUUUUAUUCUCUCUAUUUCUUCCACAUUAUUUUCUUCUCAACCCCAAAACAAAUACCUCUACAUAUCAAAAAGGAUCACCUUUAAGUGGAAAGGUACAUUUUUAUGGAUAUUUUUCGACGAAACUUGAAAAAAUGUGCAAUAGUUUGUUUUUUAGGAACAUUUUGUAAGAGUUGUAUCUGUAGUUUUCGUUUUAUUGUAAAUACUGGCAAAUACGCAUUGUCUUGGGCUCUCUCUCUCUAUAUAUAUAUGUUCAUGUUUGUUGAUGUGAGAAUCAUUGUGUUGUACAUGAUCUGGGGGGCCCGUUUCAUAAACUUGUUAUAAUAACAAAUUUGCAAUAACAGUUAAAAGCUACUGAAAUCAUUUGAUUUGAUUGGCUGAUCAUAAACUUGUUAUAGAAACUGCAUUUGUUAUUAUAACGUCUUUAUGACCUAGGAACCUGCUUGUUUGUAGAUGUCAUGGCCAGUCUUUUUGGAAAUAAAUAAUAGUAGUAAAUUAUUUGAUUAACAUGUUCUAUUUUUGCUGAGAGCAGUUUAAAGUUAAUUUCAAUGAAAUAAUAUUUUCAGUAUUUUUUUUUGUAAUGAAGUAAAAUUGAGAUGCACACUAGAUAGAUCAUAAGGAGUGCAAUUGUCAAACAUAAGUUUGUAAGAUCUGUAACAAUUAGUAGUGGUUUGUAAAACAAAAAUGAAAUAGUGAAUUUUGCUCCACUUUUUCUUUUCACUAACUUUCAGAAUUGACAACACAAUGGAAACAUGGAUUAUACAUGAAUUCAUUGAUGCAAAGUGGCCAAUUUCUUCAAAAAGUUUGUAGUGAUUGCCAAUAAAAAUAAUUGUUAGACAUUAAUGUUUGAUUUUCAAACUACACAUGACAACAAAUUUAUCCAGAAUUGUGAAGAAAGUAGAUUAUUUCAAAGAAGAAGAGAGGAAAUGAUAAUUGCUGCCAAUUUGAAGAGUGAAAUAUGAUGAAUAAAGACGUCAUGAAAGCCCUGUGCCUCAAUGGGUUGAAGUGAAUACAUUAAGGAUGAAAUAAUAAUUUCAGUAAAUUUUUAUAAUGAAGUAAAACUGAGAUGCACAUUAAAUAAAUCAAUAAAUAAGUAGUGCCUUUGCCGAACAUAACUUAACAAGAUUUGUAUCAAUAUGUAGUGGUGGUUUGUAUGUAAUGUGAAUCGGAAGUGGUGAAUUUUGCUCCACUUUGAUAGAAUUAUACUGCUUUUUGCAAGAAAAAUAUAUGUACACUUAAUUUUCUAUCAUAAAGACCUUUCCACAGAACCAUGCCCUAAUACUUAAUGUGCAAAUUGUGAAGGAUAGUAGGAGCUUGCAUCUAUUGUGUUUAGUAAACAUUUAAAAAUGGCUUCUAAAAGAGAAACCCCUAACAAGUGUUUAUUUUCUUACAUUGUAUUGGUCAUAUUUUGUUUAAUUGUGGGUCUGUUUUAUGAUUUAUGGUGCAAAUGUCACAUCCUUGUCACUCUUUGGAAUGAAUUUUCAAAAAUUCUCAGAUAGAUUGUGCCAUGCACUAACUUGUAGUCUUGUAAAUAAGAGUUUUAUCUAAUUUAUUGUUUCUAUGUACUUAAAAAAAUACCUAGAGUUUUAGAGAAUUAAAAUUGUUGUACCUGCCAGUAGCGUACGCAGGGGGUGGUUACAGGGGUUCAACCCCCCUUAAAUUUGUUGAUACCCAACUCCCUCUAUUUUUUUAAAGACCUUUUAAUUUUUGUUGCUUGUCAUUUUUUUUUUUUUGGGGGGGGGUAGGAAAUGGCAUAAAAUUGGUGGUGAAGACCUUUUCUUUUUUUGUCAACAUUUCAUUCAGCUUGAACCCCCCCCCCCCCCUUUAAAAAAAAUCCUGUUUUACCCAUACGAUGUUAUGAAUUUUGUACACUCGGUGCUCCUGCUGCAGUUUGAGCAUUAUUGGUUAUGUCAGAAUUAUCCUAGAAUGUAUUGCCUCAACCUUGUGUGUGACGUCAGCAUGUAUAUUCAAAAGAUUUAUGCAAGAUUAAAAUAGAAUACCGAUAAUUGUCAAUAGAU